AGUAUUGACCAAGGAGUCGUAAUGGCGGCGGCGACGACGAUGGUGAUGUCGGAGUGUCAACUCGGGAUCGCAGGCGGUGGUGUCGGAUUGAACGGAUUCAGCGGUGCAGGGGGAGGAGGAAGUGGUCACAACGGUUCUGGAUCGGCCCAACCGCCUUGGAACAGGAGCCUAGAGAGAGCGUUGGAGGAAGCCGCUGCGACGGGAGUGUUGAGCUUAAGCGGGAGGAAACUGAAGGAGUUCCCCAGGAGCGCGGCGAACCAGGACUUGACAGACACCACGCAGGCGGAUCUAUCCAAGAACCGAUUGGUAGAGAUUCCAGCUGAAGUUUGUUACUUUGUGUCAAUGGAGAGCCUUAACCUCUAUCAGAACUGUAUACGAAGUAUUCCAGAAGCCAUUUUAAACCUACAAUCUUUAACCUUCUUAAACAUCAGUCGUAACCAGCUGACAACGUUACCUGGACAUGUUUGCAGUCUCCCUUUAAAAGUUCUAAUUGCAAGUAACAACAAGCUAAUAUCAGUACCAGAAGAAAUAGGGUUACUACGACAAUUAACAGAACUUGACGUCAGCUGUAAUGAGAUACAGACAUUACCACCACAGAUUGGAAACCUGGAGAUUUUAAGGGACCUAAAUUUAAGGAGGAAUCACUUGGUAACACUCCCAGAAGAGCUUGCAGAUUUGCCGCUCGUGCGAUUAGACAUCUCCUGUAAUAAAGUGACAACAAUUCCAGUCUGUUAUCGAAACCUACGGCAUCUCCAAACAAUCAUUUUGGACAAUAAUCCCUUGCAGUCUCCGCCUGCGCAGAUUUGCAUAAAGGGGAAAAUCCAUAUAUUCAAAUACCUGAAUAUUGAAGCAUGUAAAAGCGUUCCAGACAUGCCAGAAUAUGAUCGAACAAGACCAGUUGGAUUCAGUUCAUGUCAAGAAGACUAUUUCACAGGCCGGCCAUAUGGAGCACUGGAUUCUGGCUUCAACAGUGUUGACAGUGGCGAUAAAAGGUGGUCUGGCAAUGAGCCCACAGAUGAGUUUUCUGAUCUCCCACAACGAAUGAGUGAAAUUGCGAAAGAGCAACGGCAGCGGCGAGAUAGUCAGUAUCAUGAGCAUCGAGGUGUACCACUCGUGACAAAUGGCCCGGUUGAACACGACCUAGAGCAGAUUGAUUACAUUGACAGCUGUGCCAUGGAGGAAGAGGAAGAGGAUAUGCGAUUGCCAAAACGACUUGACUCCUCCAGUCUCAGCUCACAAUUCAUAGCAUACAUUGAACGACGACGGAUUAACUAUGAUGCUUCUCCGAUGAAAUCAAAGCAUGUUGGAGAUUCACAAAAAUCUGUAAAUGACAGGGGCUGGCUACAACAAAACAGUGUAUUUUCAGAAGCUGGCUUGAGCUCUCCACCUCCAUCUAGUGGCCAAAAUGUGGUUUCAGAUGUUGAGUGCUCAGAAUUGGAGUUACAGAGGAGACGUGAGCAACUACUCGUAGAACGGACCAGAAGAGAGGCACAACUUGCUGCUCAGCAAUAUGAAGAGGAGAGAAUCCGAACUAAACAAAUUCAGAAAGAGGCCGUUCUUGACUUUGUGAGACAAAAGAGUGGUCAAAGCCCUCAGCAACAAAGUCCCUCUGACAGCGAUCACAAUGAUCUCCCCAAAUAUUUCCCUAUCAGACGAUCCCAGCAUACAGAUGAUAGCGCCUUAUUAGUGAAUGAAGAAAGACAGCCUGUGUCACCAUGUGCUUCUGUCACCCAAUCACCUGUCAAUAUGGUCCAGUCUGUUCCUCCUUAUCCUGGUUCUUCUCCCCACUCUUACAAACAGCCCACACAUACUCAGCGGCUUGAGAAUUUCCUAUUGAGAGCGACCAUAAGAGAUGAGAUGAUAAAAGAUGGAAAUUCUUCCACCCCCCCUGUUCCCCCUAGCCAGGACUCUGGGGACACCUUGACAUUGCAGAACCAGAAGCAAUGUGACGAUGAACAGAGAAUCUUGCAGCAGCUACGGAAGAACAUUGAAACACGGUUAAAGAUUUCUCUCCCAAGUGAUCUUGGAACAGCGCUAACAGAUGGUGUUGUCCUCUGUCAUCUGGCUAAUCAUGUGAGACCACGGUCUGUGCCCAGUAUACAUGUGCCAUCUCCAGCUGUGAUACUGAAGUGGUCCAAGUUCAGAUGCAACAAGAUCUGGAUGAUUUCCAGGCUUGGGCUGACAUGUGGCAACUAACAUUCACACCACUCAAAUGCCAGGCAAUGACCAUCUCCAAUACUCCAACAUUCUGUGCGCCAACUCUUGACAUUCUGUGGUGUUACCAUCGCUGAAUUCCCACUAUCAACUUCCUGGGAAUUACCAUUGACUACAAACUCAACUGGACUCACCACAUAAAUACAGUGACUACAAAAACAGGUCAGAGACUAGGAAUACAGUGGUCAGCAACUCACCUCUGCCUCCCCAAAACCUGUCCACCAUCUACAAGGCACAAGUCAGGAGUGUAACAGAAUACUCCCCACUUCCCUGAAUUAUUGCAGCUC